AUGAGUGGAGUCGUACUGCCGUCCCCCACCGUCACAGCCACAGCCAUUCACGCGAAAAUGGAGCAGUCGGAUCCAAUGCCGAUAGCUACCAAAGAGCCGACAAUCUCUUCCGACAACGAUGAGUCGCCGUCGCCCUCAGAACCAGACACUGACGCCAUCAAAAUGUUUGUAGGACAGGUAAGAGAUUUUCAACUCGCAUUUCUAUGGGAAACACGAGACAAUAGGUAAAGCUUCAAACGAUUAAACUAGAGUUCCCCGUAGAAAUAGAUUUACUGGAGCCCAACUAUGUAAUAGCUACUUUCACAAUGACCCAAUACUCUAUUUGCUUGUUCUACACCACCACCACUAAGCAUACACACACACCCAAAUUUGAUAAAAUGAAUGGGAAUCGGAUUUGUUGCCCCUUCCUUCUCUUGUCCUGACUGGCCCUCACUGGGUUCAAUGAGCUGCCCCCUCUUUGUUAUUGUUGAGCCGCUCGUUGAGUAGACUUCCACAAACGGGAAAAAGGGACGAGGGCAAUGCGAUUGUAAUAUAAGUUUUGAACCGCUCCGAAAGAGCUUCAUUGCGUUUUUGAGGUAGAUUGAUUGGGUGAGAGAAUAAAAAUUCUGAAGACGUUUCCCCAUUGUUCAUUUGCAUAUAAAUGAUCAACGGGCUGGCGCCCCAUCAUCAUCAUCGCUCAGAAGAAGGGGACGCGCUCCCUUUCAAGGACAUAUCGUCAUCAAUUUUGACUUUGACGCGCUAAAAUGUAGGCCAAUGUCGAUAAGGAGAGAAAAGAAGAAGUAUAGGGGAGGAGGUUUAACAUGCACUAAACUGUACGAAAACAAAUUUGUUUGAUGAUCGAUUUGUACUGGUUAUUGGAGGACAAAUACCGUACACCGAAGUACGUCUGAACUGAAAUCUCAUAAGCAGUUGCCGAAGGGAAGUGCGAAAAUGAGUAUAUUAGAGCAAUAAUAUGCAUAAACCGUGGGAGAGAUAACACGUUUCUCACGAUUAAAAUCCUGCCACACCUCCACUCAGCCACCCACUUCCCUUCAAAAACCCUUUGCGUCUCUCCAGAUUCCCCGCAACUGGAACGAAGUGGAUUGUCGUCGGUUGUUCGAAACUUACGGCCCAGUAUUCUCGUGCAACAUACUACGCGACAAGUCGACUCAAUCCAGCAAAGGCUGCUGCUUCGUCACAUUUUUUCAUCGGAAAGACGCAAUUGCGGCGCAAGGAGAACUGCACAACAUACGAGUUAUCGAGGGAAUGCACCAUCCGGUUCAGAUGAAGCCAGCCGACACCGAGAAUCGGAAUGGUUUGUAGUUCUGAGAAAAUCGGUGCGAAUGAAAGUGCAAAUUUUCAGAACGGAAGUUGUUCAUAGGACAGCUGAGCAAGAAACACAACGAGGAGAAUCUUCGAGAGAUUUUCUCCAAGUUCGGACAGAUUGAGGAUUGCAGUGUGCUUCGCGAUCAGGAUGGGAAGAGUAGAGGUAAUUGAUGAGAACCGGGAAUGGUGAACUAGUUGAAGGAGGGCAGACACGUUGUUGUCUCAAAGUCUUUUUACGUGGCCUUUUCAGUUUCAUUUUUUGCGUGAAUUCAUACUCAGUGAAGGUCACGCCGAUAAACAUUUUUGCGAGUUCUAGCAAAACUAGACUUGAAUCGCGUGUCCGUCCUCCUCCUGUAUGUUUCUGUCAUGCAUGCUCCAGCUGGCCCGCGGUUCAACUUGUUCUAUAUAUGGUUCAAGUCUUCCGCCCACGCGGAGUGACAAAAACCAUUGUCUUUUUUAUUUAAAGCUCAUUUGUUAUUCUGGAACUGUGUCAGUCUGCAAGUGUGUCAGUCAGUAAUCUCUUUUUCAUUGAAACUGUCGAUCUGAUUGUAGUCUCCCGUUUAUUUACCUGCAGGAUGUGCAUUUGUGACGUUCACGAACCGCAGCUGUGCCGUCGUCGCCACCAAAGAAAUGCAUCACUCACAAACGAUGGAGGUUGGCGUUUCUAUCUACAUGUUUUUCCUAUCCUUUCUUUAUUUUUUUUCAAAAAAAAAGUACAUUAUCAGUCAGAAAUAUAUGAACGCGUUCAGCAUUCACCGUCUAUUGACGAGCUCAUAUUUGUUUGGAAACUUUUGUGUAAAGUGUUCAUGGCAAUGUCUUUGUACGGCCACUCCGGAGAGUACUACAGUGUUGAAAGAGCUGUCACUCCGAGUGCUACAGUGAUCCUCGAAGUGGCGUGUCCUUUUCAACUGAAAACUGAUGCUUUUCAUAUAUUUCUGACGGCUACUAUAGCUUGGAUUUUACCGGAAUAUACUCAAGAAAAUAAAGACGACGGCGACUGCGCCUUUUUUUCUUGAGUAAAUUUUUAGAUUUUUCAUUUAGAAAACUCACCUAGUCCACAAAGUAUUCCAUGUCAUUCAUGUUUACCUGUUCAGCUUUCCCUUCCGUUUUCUAUGCUUAAUUUCGGUUAUGUGAAGGGCGGUCUUAUACAAAAUUUCUAUUAAUUAACAAAAAGUUUCGAACAUAAGACGCAUUGAGCGAAUUUCAGGGGUGUUCCGCACCGCUCGUCGUUAAGUUCGCUGAUACGCAAAAGGAUAAAGAUGUGAAGACAAAAGCGAUGAUUUCGGGCGGGGGAAACGGAGCCGGCUCGCCGAAAGGCAACUUGCUCAACAAUUUGAAUCCGGCCGUUCUUCAGCAGGUAACCCCACCGAUGGAAAGCACUAAUCGUCCCCUCCAAGGCUUUUCAGUUGAGCAGCGGUCAGGCGAUUGCGUCGCUUCUCUCAUUGGUCGGACAGCCGGGCCAGCAAGCACAGCAGCAGAACGUUCUCGGAAUUCUUGGAUCCGGUUGGUUUUAGAUAACAAUUAAUAUUAAAAGUAGCAAGACACUAGGGAGAUUCUCUCGAAUUUUUUAAAUGACCGCCGAAAUUCAGUGCUAUCCGCACUCGGAAAACUGACCGAGAAUGGUGGAACCGAUGACGUGGCGAAGACGUCCACGUCAUCGCCCACCGAAAAGCAGCAGCGUUCUUCUGUAAUGAUGGCGUCCACAUCGACGCCCUCGACAACUUCCUCGGCGCCAGUAUCUGUUCCGCCCGUCUCCGUCACGGCUGCUCCUCAUCAGCAUCAUCAACAUGCCGGCCAGUUAGGUGGGGAACACGUGGAUGACGUGUGAACGGCAUGCGCUGACGCCUACUGUGUUCUUCUUUUCGCGGAGCAAUAUUGUGUGCUUCUUGGAGUGUGUGCUUUUCGUUUUCGGACUCACUGGGACUCGUGGAUGAUGUUCUUCCCUGCUCUCUUCUCGUUCCUCCUCCCCCGCUUGUUUUUGUACUUCACUGGCUUUGAUCAGUUCCAAAUACUAUGUAUAUUCUCCAAUCCUAACUAAUACUAGAAUUUUCAUUUGACAGCAUGAUGUAGUGUGGGGUUCUAUCGGAAUGUUCCCGGAAUGAUUUCAACCCUUGUUUCCUACAGGAGCUCCCCUUCUCCAACAUAGUCAACUUGAUGCCAUCGCAAUGGCUCAGGCUCAGGCACAAGCCCAAAUGAUUCAGCAGCAGCAGCUGAUGGCUCUCCAAGGCUUCGCUGUGCAACAGCCUCCGUCCCAACAGCAGCAAGGUAAGCUUAAACUUUCCCAUUUAAGUUCGGUUUGCACUUUUUUCUCUUACCGCUUCUACUCACUCCUCUAACUUCUGACCGUUUUCUUUUCCUAACUCAUCCCUUGGCUUGCCCUUUUUUGCAGGCUAUCAAAUGUUUUGCCCUCCUCCCACGCAUCAGCCGGCCUACUCGACCGGAUCACCGGACUCAUCAAGCAACACGACGGACUCGGACGAGCAGCAGAAGCCGCAGACGCCGAAUUCUGUGUUCCAGACGCAAAGCGCUGCGCUGGCUGGUCAUGGAUACAUGAAAACGAACGGAGGAAGCUGGCGUCCGAUGAUGAUGCAGCCACGUGGCUUCCUCGGGCCACAUCCCUUCAUUACGGCGGCGCCGGCUCAAAUGGCAGCUUUUGGUAGGGGUUCCCAUGCAUGCGUUCUUCACCCUUUCCCACCCGUUUCCCCUGGUUUUUCUUUUGCAGCACACAUUAACACAAGAUCUUUGUUUUUUAAUUUCCAACUGUUCUAUGCUCUUUUCUAGGUCUUGCGGGUGGCCUUGCUGGCACCAAGACCACUUCCCCCGUGGCUGCAACCCUUGCCAAUCACCAGUCGAUCGCCUUGACUCCUUUCGCCGGUGGAGCCACUCCAAUGGAUCCAUACUCGGCCAUGCAUCAACAGCUUGCAUGUGAGCCCUUUUCUCUCUUCAGUUUCCAUUAUCUAACUUGUUUACAAGUGUUUUCAGUACUCGCAAACUUUCAAGCUUCUUCUGUGGCUCCUGGAAUAUCCGCCGCUUCAAUGGCCGGAAACGGAGAUGUGAAGGGGCCGGACGGUGCGAAUCUCUUCAUAUAUCACCUUCCCCAAGAUUUCGGUGACAAUGACCUUGUCAGCACUUUUUCCCCGUUCGGAAACAUCCUCUCCGCCAAAGUUUUCAUUGAUAAAGUCACUAAUUUGUCCAAAUGCUUUGGUAGGCGUUCCUAAUGUGACAUUCAAUUCAAACCAUUCAUUUUGUUGCAGGUUUUGUCUCAUUUGAGAAUCCACAAUCGGCGACGAAUGCAAUCCAGGCGAUGAACGGCUUCCAGAUUGGAUCGAAACGACUGAAAGUGCAGCUGAAAGUGGAUCGUGGCAAUCCAUACAAUCGAUAG